AUGGUCAAGGAACAUGGGAUCAAUUCUUUCAAGUUCUUCAUGGCAUAUAAAGGUUCCUUGAUGGACGACCUCCUCCUUGAAGGCUUACAGAAAUGCAAGUCUCUUGGUGCACUGGCUAUGGUUCAUGCAGAGAACGGGGAUGCUGUUGCUGAGGGACAGCAGCGGAUGAUUGACCUUGGGAUAACUGGUCCAGAAAAGGGUCAGAGAGUCAUCGGGGAACCUAUGGUAUCUGGGCUAGUCCUUGAUGAUUCUUGGCUUUGGGAUCCUGACUUUGCAACUGCUUCAAAGUAUGUGAUGAGUCCUCCAAUCCGGGAAGCAGGGCAUAAUAAAGCACUUCAAGCUGCUCUUUCAUCAGGAAUAUUACAGCUUGUGGGAACUGAUCGUUGCACCUUCAAUUCCACUCAGAAAGCUUUCGGUUAUGAUGAUUUCAGGAAGAUUCCCAAUGGCGUAAAUGGUAUUGAAGAAAGGAUGCAUAUAAUUUGGGAUAGCAUGGUGGUAAGUUUUGAUUUCAAAUGUUGUUUUUCGUGAUGGGUACUAAGUUGGUUCCAUUGCCGGUAUUUCUGUUUU